AUGACCAAGCUCAUAAAAAAGAAUCUAACAACAUAUAAUGAUUCUUAUUAUGGUGACUUUUCUCUUGAUGUACCUCGUUUGAGCCGUCAUGCGGCUCAACGAGCCACAGAACGAAAGAUUCCUGCUGUUGAACUGUUGCGAUCAAAAAGUCAUAUCAAUGCAUACAUCGAUAAGGUAGUGAGCAAAACUGGUGUAGUUAUCACCGCUUAUCCACGAGUCCAAGGUGGCAAUCGUAACUAUGAAUUACCUGAAAACGGUAGACGUUAUACGUUUCCAAAAGAUGGUAUUGGCCUAUUCAUUGGUAAAGAACAUGCAAAUAUCAAACGUAUUCAAGCUGAAUAUCAACUAAAGGAGCUUUAUUUUGAUAGAUAUGAUGUCAAAGUUCUUGUGAAAGUAGAAGUCAAUGUUUUCAAGACGAUCAAAUAUGUUCAAGAAGAUCAGUAUAUAUGUAUCCAUCAUGUUUUUUGUGGAAUACAAUGCCAGUUUAGUGUAAAUGGAUUUCGUCUAUCAUCACUUGAUCCUAUCUUAGGUUAUCUUAUUCAACCAACUAUUGUACUAUUUAGUUUAACAGUAACAAUAGUCGGUAUGUUUGCAGAACUUAUUGAUGGAAUUUUAUCACUGAUAACAUUCAAUAAUACACUACUAUGUCAAGUUGGUUGUGAUUGGUAUUUAUUUGGUUCAUCAAUCAUAACUUUACUAACAACAGUUAUUAUGGAUCAAUGGUUAAAGGCAUGUGUAGCUAUGGAAAGAGCGAUUGCAGUAUCAAAAGGUAUCAAUUUUAAUAAGAAAAAAAGUAAACGUCUUGCUAAAAUAGUUAUCAGCAUUCUUUCGAUUUUCGUUGUUUCUGCAAGUAUUUAUAAUGCUCGUUAUCGACGUUUAAUUGAUGAAGAUAAUGAAGAUGAUAAACGAAUAUGGUGUAUUAUUGCUACUUAUCCAUCUCGUUUACAAACAUACAGUUCUUUUAUACAUAUAUUUCAUUUUUGUCGCUCCAUUUAUCAUUAA